UUCCGUCCUGCCGUUCACCGUCUACUGGAUUCCAUGUGAAUACAGCAUAAACAAGAAGAUUCCUGUUUUAAACCCGUGAUUUCAGAAAGGGAGUCGAGUCAAAAACCAUGUCUGUAUUGGGCAAUAAGUCUUACCAGGAAAUAAGCGAGCUGCUUGAUUAUUAUGGGAUAAAGCAUGGACCUGUGGUCGAUUCCACCAGAGGUCUCUAUGAAAAGAAGUUGAAAGAGGCCAUGACCAAAGAGAGAAAACCUAAAACAUCCCCAGACAAAACCUACUACAGAGAAGAAGAGGAGGAAGUCACCUAUUAUACCUACAGACCACCUAUCACAGUUGAUAGUUCAAGAGACAGGGGACCGUACAUGAGGUCGAGGCCGGAGUAUGCUGAGAGGGCGUUUGAGGAUGAGAAUUGCUAUUCAGGAACAGGACUUGACUAUAGCAGAAGGGAUUUUGUGGAUGAGCCAUACAUCAAUGAUUCGACAUCCACUUACAGAAACGUCUCUUCACAACCAGCACCUGUGAGAUCCGGUGGCGAUGCUACACAGACAAAUUCUUCCCGUCUCAUCCCGCUCUGGGUUCAGUUUGUGGUUUUCCUGGCUGUGGCAGCUUUUCUCUACUUUGUCUUCUCCAACAUGGAGUCGGCACACAGCGAUCCUUUUAAAAGAGUCAAAUGAUUUUUAUGUGUAUUCAGGGCUAUUGUCAUACUUAAUUGCAUAUUUUAAUUUAAGGUGUAUGUUUGCCACCUACUUCUAUUUUAGCCUUUUCUGAGGAAGAUUGUUUUAUAAUAUACAAGUGCUGUUUUUACCUUGUUGCUUUAAAAAUACAUGCAUUAUCCACACCUAGCUGUAGCAUGACGCAGCCCUGCCAUAAAAGGAGCGGCUGUAACCUGUAAGUAGCAGACUGUAGAGUUUGCCUUAUUCAUACCAUCUUUCAUCUUAUUUGUAAAAUUCCCUCCUAUAAGUUCAGAAAAUUAGUUCAAGAGACAAACCUUGGAAAUAAUCAUCUGACUGCAGUUUUUUAAUUUUUGUAUUCAAAUAAGCUAUUUUACUGUAAAGAAAAAGACCCAAAUUCAGGGAUAUGUGCCCGUAUCCCCAUAACAUCACCAAAAGUACUCUCACCGUGUGUAGUCAUUUUUUCUCAUGACAUCAGUCAUGGCUCUCUUCAUAGGAUUCAAGACUUGUUCUUGUUCAGUUUAUGAAAAAGGAUUAAUAAAUACAAUUUCCAGUGGAUUUUUACUUUGAUUGCUAAUACAAAGGCUUUUUUGAAUUGCUUUGUAAAAUGCAUCAUUACAUAUAGUUCACCCAAGUCUCGACGAGCCGUUUGAGUUACUGAAAUAACCCAAUUGUAGUUGCUGGCCAGCCAUAAGGCUAAUUCCCAAGCAUAUUGGAGAGUAUCUUUUUCUGGAUUUUAUGGCGGAACUUUUUGGAUGUAUUUGUUACUUUGUAAGUCUUCAGUGCUUGUUAGGUAGUUAUGGACAUUUAUGGUGGUGUCUAUAAAAUGUUCCAUUUCCAAUGCUAUGUUCUUGCUUUCUUUCACCACAAACUUGGAAGCCUUUUCGGCUUUUGCAAAUUUAAGAUAUUCAUUUGUAAUUGAUAAUCUUCAACUUUUAUCAUCAAAUUCUUUUGUAUUGUCAAGAUUCAAAAUAAAAAAACCACUUUAUAUGUACAAUUUGGAAAAUUGUCAAGUCAGUUAUUGCCUGAAAUUAACCUACUACUACUACUACGACUACUUUUGGCUGCUCCCGUUAUGGGGCCACCAUAGCAGAUCAUCUGUUCCCAUCUCUUCCUGUCCUCUGCAUCUUCCUGUAAGGCCAGCCACCUGCAUAUCCUCCCUCACCACAUCCAUUCAUUUGUAAUUGAUAAUCUUCAACUUUUAUCAUCAAAUUCUUUUGUAUUGUCAAGAUUCAAAAUAAAAAAACCACUUUAUAUGUACA